GCCGGAGCUCGCCAGCCGAGGCAGCACGGCUCCGCGGACUUUUUUUCAAACUCUCAUCAAUGAGACUUCGAGGAGGAGCGGGAGGCGGCGGCGGCGGACGCGGAGGCAGGCGAGGAAGAGCCGGGGCAUCCGGAGGAGCUGGAAGAAGGAGCGCGGGCCGCACGGCGCGCCGGAGCCUCGGGGAGCUGCCCGCCUGCCGGCGAUAGGGGCGACCGGGCCCCAGCCCGCCUCUCGGUCCCCUCCCCUGCUUGGCCGGCCCCGCCCCGGCCGGACUGAGCCCCGGCACACUGCAGCCCGCGGCGGGUCGCCGCGCCAGCCAAGUUGGGAUGGGGGCUCGCAGCCUCCGCCCGGCGCCCGAGAGGCCACCUGCGUGCUAGAGGCAAACUUUUGUCUCCCUCGGGCUGCCACCCAGGACUAUGAGCGGCUAAGAUGGAGACGUCCGCUUCAGCCACUGCCGCGGAGAAGAAAGAAGCCAAAAGUGGGAUCCUGGAGGGCGCUGCUUUCCCUGACCCGGGCAGGAAGGCCUCUGCUCUGGCCGUGGCCACUGUGGCAGCGGCUGCGGCAGCAGCUGCCCAAGGAGUGCCGCAGCACCUUUUGCCUCCGUUCCAUGCUCCCUUACCGAUUGACAUGAGACACCAGGAGGGAAGGUACCAUUACGAGCCUCACUCUGUCCACAGCGUGCACGGGCCUCCUGCCCUGAGCGGCAGCCCUGUCAUCUCCGACAUCUCAUUGAUCCGGCUUUCCCCACACCCCGCCGGCCCUGGGGAGUCCCCCUUCAAUGCACCCCACCCGUACGUGAGCCCCCACAUGGAGCAUUACCUUCGUGCCGUGCACAGCAGCCCCACGCUUCCCACGAUCUCUGCAGCCAGGGGUCUCAGCCCUGCUGAUGUGGCCCACGAGCACCUUAAGGAGAGGGGACUGUUUGGCCUCCCCCCGGCAGGCACCAACCCCUCAGACUAUUACCACCAGAUGACCCUCAUGGCGGGCCACCCCACGCCAUACGGGGACCUGCUGAUGCAGACUGGGGGUGCCACUGGUGCACCCCACCUCCAUGACUACCUCAAUCCAGUGGAUGUGUCGCGCUUCUCCAGCCCACGGGUGACACCACGCCUGAGCCGCAAGCGGGCGCUGUCCAUCUCCCCACUCUCGGACGCCAGCCUCGACCUGCAGAGGAUGAUCCGGACCUCACCCAACUCGCUGGUGGCCUAUAUCAACAACUCACGCAGCAGCUCUGCAGCCAGCGGCUCCUAUGGGCAUCUGUCAGCGGGCACCCUCAGCCCAGCCUUCACCUUCCCCCACCCCAUCAACCCCGUGGCCUACCAGCAGAUCCUGAGCCAGCAGAGGGGCGUGGGCUCGGCCUUCGGACACACGCCACCCCUGAUCCAGCCCUCGCCCACCUUCCUGGCCCAGCAGCCCGUAGCCCUCACCUCCAUCAAUGCCACACCCACCCAGCUUAGCAGCAGCAGCAGCAACUGUCUGAGUGACGCCACCCAGAACAAGCAGAACAGUGAGUCGGCUGUAAGCAGCACCGUCAACCCCAUCGUCAUUCAUAAGCGCAGCAAGGUCAAGACUGAGGCCGAGGGCCUGCGGCCAGCCUCCCCACUGACCCUGACACAGGAGCAGCUGGCUGACCUCAAGGAAGACCUGGACAGGGAGGAGUGUAAGCAGGAGGCUGAGGUGGUCAUCUAUGAGACCAGCUGCCACUGGGAAGACUGCACCAAGGAGUAUGACACCCAGGAGCAGCUCGUGCACCACAUCAACAACGAGCACAUCCACGGGGAGAAGAAGGAGUUCGUGUGCCGCUGGCAGGCCUGCACGCGGGAGCAGAAGCCCUUUAAGGCGCAGUACAUGCUGGUGGUGCAUAUGCGCCGGCACACGGGCGAGAAGCCCCACAAGUGCACGUUUGAGGGCUGCUCGAAGGCCUACUCUCGCCUGGAGAACCUGAAGACACACCUGCGGUCCCACACUGGGGAGAAGCCAUAUGUGUGUGAGCACGAGGGCUGCAACAAGGCCUUCUCCAACGCCUCGGACCGCGCCAAGCACCAGAACCGCACCCACUCCAAUGAGAAACCCUACAUCUGCAAGAUCCCAGGCUGCACUAAGCGCUACACGGACCCCAGCUCUCUCCGGAAACACGUGAAAACCGUGCACGGCCCAGAUGCUCACGUCACCAAGAAGCAGCGCAACGACGUGCACGUCCGGGCCGCGCUGCUCAAGGAGAACGGGGACAGCGAGGCCAGCGCCGAGCGCGGCGGCCGGGGCUCCGAGGACGGCACGGAGGCCAGCAGCACCAGCCAGGCCGUGGAGGACUGCCUGCACAUCAAAGCCAUCAAGACUGAGAGCGCCGGGCUGUGUCAGUCCAGCCCCGGGGCCCAGUCAUCCUGCAGCAGCGAGCCCUCUCCCUUGGGCAGUGCCCCCAACAAUGACAGUGGCGUGGACAUGCCAGGGACAGGGCCUGGGAGCCUGGGAGACCUGACAGCUCUGGAUGACACGCCCCCAGGGGCCGACGCCUCAGCCCUGGCCACCCCCUCCGCUGGUGGCCUGCAGCUGCGCCAACACCUGACCGCCAUGCACCGGUUAGAGCAGCUCAAGAAGGAGAAGCUCAAGUCACUCAAGGAUUCCUGCUCAUGGGCCGGACCGGCUCCACAUACCCGGAACACCAAGCUGCCUCCCCUCCCGGGAAGUGGCUCCAUUCUGGAAAACUUCAGCGGCGGUGGAAGUGGCAGGCCAGUAGGACUGCUGCCCAACCCAAGGCUGUCCGAGCUGUCUUCAAGCGACGUGACCAUGCUGAGCCACCUGCAGGAGCGCCGCGACAGCUCCACCAGCACGGUCAGCUCAGCCUACACCGUGAGCCGCCGCUCCUCGGGUAUCUCCCCGUACUUCUCCAGCCGCCGCUCCAGCGAAGCCUCGCCCAUGGGCGCUGGCCGCCAGCACCAUGCCAGCUCUGCCGACUCCUACGACCCCAUCUCCACUGACGCGUCGCGGCGCUCGAGCGAGGCCAGCCAGUGCAGUGGCGGCGGUGCGGGGCCGCUCAGCCUGACGCCGGCGCAGCAGUACAGCCUGCGGGCCAAGUACGCGGCGGCCACAGGCGGGCCUCCCCCCACGCCGCUGCCGGGCCUGGAGCGUGGGAGUCUGCGGGCCCGGCUGGCGCUGCUGGAUGCUCCCGAGCGCGCCUUGGGGCCCCGGAGGGGCAGCGGUGGGCCAGCCUAUGGCUUCGCAGGGCCUGCGCCCGCCUUCCCCCACGAAGCACCAGGUGGUGGAGCACGGCGGGCCAGUGACCCAGUGAGGCGGCCGGACGCCCUGGCUCCCCCACGGGUGCAGCGCUUCCACAGUGCCCACGACGUGAACCCGGCACCGCUGCCUCCCUGCGCCGCGGACAGGCGCGGCCUCCGCCUGCAGGGUCCCGCCAGCGCUGACGGCAGCCUGGCCCGCGGUGCCUACUCUCCCCGGCCGCCCAGCAUCAGCGAGAACGCGGUGAUGGAGGCCAUGGCGGCGGGGACAGACAGUAUGGGGCCUGAGGGCAAUCUCGUGUUGCCCGAGGACGACCUUGUGCUGCCCGACGACGUGGUGCAGUACAUCAAGGCACAUGCCGGUGGCGCCGUGGAUGAGAGUGCCCCGCAGGUAUAUCCUCCGGAAAGCACCUGCUUCUCUGAGCACCCCAAACUGCCCAGCCAGCGCAGGAUGGUGGCUGCGGACUCCAACGUGGGCCCUUCUGCCCCUGUGCUGGGAGGCUGCCAGCUGGGCUAUGGGGCCCCCUCCAGCCUGAACAAAAACAGCAUGCCUGUGCAGUGGAAUGAGGUGAGCUCGGGCACCAUGGACGCCCUGGCCAGCCAGGUGAAGGCUUCACCCUUUCCUCAGGGCAAUCUGGCUGUGGUGCAGCAGAAGCCGGCCUUUGGUCAGUACCCAGGCUACAGUCCGCAAGGCCUACAGCCCAGCCCCGGGGCGCUGGACCGCACGCAGCCACACCUUCAGCCUGGCAGCGGAGCUCCCUCAGCACCCAGGGUAAACUAUAUGCAGCAGCUGCGGCAGCCAGGAACAGGUGGCCAAUGUCCCAGCAUGACCACCACUGUGAGCCCCCACACCAGCUAUGGCCAAGCCCACCCCCAGCUGAGCUCCAGUACCAUGGGUGGGACCCUGAACCAGUUCCCUCCAUCCUGCAGCAACCUGGCAGCCAAGCCAGGUCACCUGGGGCUCCCCCAGCAAAUGGAAGUUGCUCCCGACCCCACCAUGAUGGGUAGCAGCCGCAGGGAACUUGGGGUCCCCAAUUCUACCCUGGCUGGGAUGGUACCACCUCACCCAGCCCAGAGCUACCCACACCAGGGCCAUCACCUGGCAACCUCCAUGAGCCAGGAAGGCUACCGCCAGGGCACCAGCCAUCUGCCUUCCCACCAGCCUGGCUUCAUGGAGCUCCAGCAGGGCACAGUGGGGCUGGCUGGAUCAAGCUUUGGCCUAGUGCAACCUCGACCACCCCCAGAGCCCAGCCCUGCUGGCCGCCACCGUGGGGUACGUGCUGGGCAGCAGCUGGCCUAUGGCAGGGCCACUGGUCAUGCCAUGACUGCUGUGUCAGCCAACCAGGAGAUGGCAGAGUCUGUGCCCAAGGGAGCAAUGGGCACCAUGGUGUCCCUGCCUCCUCAGCUGCCCCCACAGGACACAGGUGGGGCCCAGGACCACAGUAUGCUCUACUACUAUGGCCAGAUCCAUAUGUAUGAACAGAACGGAGGCCUGGAGAACCCAGUAGGCUGCCAGAUCAUGAGGUCUCAGCCACCGCAGCCACAGGCCUGCCCGGAGAGCAUCCAGCCCCAGCCCUUGCCCUCGCCAGGGGUCAACCAGGUAUCCAGCACUGUGGACUCCCAGCUGCUGGAGCCCCCCCAGAUUGAUUUCGACGCCAUCAUGGAUGACGGCGAUCACUCGAGCUUGCUCUCGGGCACACUGAGCCCAAGCCUCCUGCACAGCCUCUCCCAGAGCUCCUCCCGCCUCACCACCCCACGGAGCUCCCUGACUCUGCCCUCCAUCCCCACGGGCAUCAGCAACAUGGCCGUUGGGGACAUGAGCUCUAUGCUCACCAGUCUGGCCGAGGAGAGCAAGUUCCUGAACAUGAUGACCUAAGACCCCCGCCCCUGGCGUUGAGCGGACCUGGAGGAACCGUCCAUUCCCAGAGCAUGGGGCUGUCAUCCAUUCCGUCUUUUUCCAAAAUAGUAUUAAUAGGUCUGAGGGAGUUUGCCAAUGGCUGGGUUCAGACCACAGAUGCUCUAAGGGCAAGUUUAUGUGCAUCCUGUCUGGUCUUCUUUUGGAUUAUUUUUCAGAACAUGAAAAAAAUAUCUCAACAGGAAAAACUCGUUUACACAGUACUUCCCGCCUUUGGUGUUUAUAGGACCACUCCGCUCUGGCUUCUUCGCCUCUGUCAUUUGGCUAAUGAGGGAUCACAUUGGCCAAGGCUUUCCAAGUAUACAAGGAAAGAAGAUAAAGGAACCACAUUUGGGUUUGAAUCUGAAAGUCUUACUGAAUAUACUAAUCCAGGAAGGUAAGCUUCUCAUUCUGGUACCUGCAAGAAAAAGGAGUUGCUGGACCACUGGAAUUCUGUGCAGCUUAAUUCCUGAGGCCUCUGACAUCCCCUGCCACAGAGGAAAACAAGAUUUUACCUAGGUGAUUCGGAAGCACACCCUGAUUCCAGGUUUGGUAGAGCUGGCAUCUCUACCCUGCAAAGCCAAGUCUGCAACUGGCAGACUGUCCAAGUGUAUAUGAAUGAGUAAAGUAUGGAAAUCUUGCCAGAAAAAAGAAAGAAAAAACUGUAGUGCUCGGGGCAUGCCCCAAAACGACCCUGGCCUCUCCAGACCGUGUUUACAGUGUUCAUGCAUGUAGAAUGUAGCCCUGCCUGAAAAGAACACUUGUUUCCAAAUACCUCGGGGCUGCUGGAGCUGCUGUGGGUUAGGGAUGGACGGAGGGCAGCCAAGCGUAGGAUGGGACCUCGAGAAAGUGAGUGUGCACACGGGGCCCAGCCCCAGACCGCCCUGGUGGUUUCCAGUAGGAAGAGGAAGUCACAUGUUUACCCAAUUCUGUUUCUCCAGUGCACUGUCCACCCACUUUACCAUGGGAAACCCCAGGGCCUGAUAGCAGCCUCUGCUUAGGUUCCUCUAGGCCGUGCUGUCCACUCACCAGCAGCCCAGUGGUCUGCGCCAAGCCACAACAUGCAGUCCCGGUAACUUCUGGAUUCCCUUCCCUCUGCCCUCUUGUUCAUUUCAGAGCAUGAUGACAUGCAUGGUGUUUUUGGUGGGGGCGGGAGGGUAAAGCGGUUGAUUCCAGGGACUCUGAGGGACCAUCACUGAACUUUCCUGUUCAGUGUGACCAAGCCCCAACCCCAAAUGGAUUUGAAACUGGUGUCAGAAGACAUUGUUUCCGAACAUACUGCAGGGUGAAUUGGUGCAUCCGCCCCACCACACACACAUACAAAGCCCACACCGUUCCCACGUGGAAUUUAUGGCAACCUUGCCAAAGCCAACUGUACCACCAUGAGCCUGAUGCUGACUGUGACCCUGGUUUCAGGCAGAGGAAGGCCAGCACCUUACCUGGGCCCUGUGCAUCCAGGACACCAAACGCUUUGUAAGGGUCCAAAGUCAAGACCAAGUCCAGAUAGCAGCCCUGGGACAGGACCAGGGGUCUGGGCUCUGGUGGCCAUUCCCUCCCUGAGCUGCGAGUUCACUAGCCGUUCCCGCCCUGUAUAUAGUCUGUACAGAAGACAUCCCUGAACAUACUCUAGGUGAAUCAUCCAGCCGAAUUUAUAUCUCCAAAGCAUUUUUAGCUUUUUCUACAUGCUAUGAAUUGAGAUG